AUGGGCAGAUUUGGCUCACUUGAUGAUUGGAAUGUCAAUCAUCAACUUCUCCAGGAACUUUCAAAUAGGUCGUCUAACGGUUCGGGCUUCUCCAGAGAGAACUCUCAGACGGGUUUAGCUUUUCCGGAAGGACUUCCGGAUGGUUUUAACCUUUUUCGAACUAACAUUGGGUGCCACUUAAGACGUAAGUUACUUACCCUGACACAAAUAUCAAAUCAGUUACUAAGUUUUAGUAAUACGUUUGAUCAUGCAUGUAGAAUAACAACAAUGUCGAAAGAUGGUAGAAUAAUCUUAGCUGCUGGCAAAAAAACUAUACUUGUUUGGGAUUUUAAUACAAAAAAUUUAAUUCGAAAUAUAAGUCCUAAAUCUAUAAUUAAAGCCACUUCUGAAAAGGAAGAAAUCUUCAAAUUGUUUCUAGAUCAGGAACCUAUUGUAAAAAAGGAUCCAAAGGCGAGAAAAGAGCCAAUCAAACCAACUAAUGUAUCUCCAGUGACUAUUCCAACAGUUCCUCAAGAAACGAUAUCCACUAUUUCAAGGAGGUCUUCGAUAUCCUCUAUAGAAUCUAUAAAUUUGCAGGAUUAUCCUCCGCUUCAAGAAAGAAGAGAGAGAUUAAUUGAAAAAUUACAUAAUUAG